GUUGAGUGUUGAACGCUGCCGAAACCCUUCCCAGUCCCAAAGGUAAGUAAGUGAUUGCUGGUUGAGAAUGGUGGAGAAGGCGAAGGGUAGGAAGGAGGAGGUGGUUACCCGAGAGUACACCAUUAACCUCCACAAGCGCCUCCAUGGCUGCACAUUUAAGAAGAAAGCUCCCAAAGCAAUUAAGGAGAUAAGAAAGUUUGCCCAGAAAGCUAUGGGGACCAAUGAUGUGAGGGUGGAUGUGAAGCUGAACAAGUAUGUCUGGAGUCAGGGGAUCAGGAGUGUGCCAAGGAGGAUCAGGGUACGCAUUGCCCGCAAGAGAAAUGACGAUGAAGAUGCCAAGGAAGAGCUAUAUUCCCUUGUUACUGUUGUUGAAAUCCCUAAGGAAGAGCUCAAAGGGUUGGGCACCAAGCUCAUCGAUGACGAGGAUUGAUUUAUAUCUGUUUGAAACCAGGAGUCAUAUAUGUAGUUUUUGGUUUCCGCUCUCGAGUCUUGUCUUUUUCUAGAUUAUCAGAUUAUUUCUAAUUUUGUUGAGACAUAAUGUGGUUUGAUAAUAUCAAUUUAGUU